AUGGCCGACGAUCUCAAGACCGCGCAGUACUUCAUCUUCGUCACGCAAGCGUACUUUUGCGCGGGCUACGCCGUGGUUCUCUGGGACUGGUUGACUUCGCUCCCCAGAGAGUGGUAUCUCAUCUGGAAGACCCGCUGGACUCCCGUCAAGACCGCCUACCUGUUUUGCAGGUAUUGGAGCAUCGCGGUCGUUCCCUACCUUCUGUUCUGCUUUGUGGUCAACCACUCUCGACCGACAUGUGAGCGUAUCUACAAGAGCCCAGUUGCACUUGCGCUGUGGAAUCAAGCUGGUGCCGAAACGGUACUUUUGAUCAGGACAUACGCAUUCUUCAAUCGCGACAUAUACGUGCUUAUCGGUAUGGUCUGUGCGCUGUCCAGUAUCAUCGCGUACCAACUCUACGUCGCGACGUCGGAGAUGCUUCCUCUUCCCUUCGUUACGCCACCCUUUGACGAAGGCCCUUGCUUGCCCAUGUCUAAGCCACAUUCGGCUCACCUGCUCGGAUUCUUCCUCGCGCCCCUCGCGUUCGACGCCAUCGUCACGUUCAUGACCAUUAUCAAAGCGAUUGUCAUCCGGCGCCGUAAUGGCGGGCCGAGCUCGCGUUUGAUCCAAACUUUCCUGCGCGAGGGUGUCUUCUACUUCGUACUCAUCUCCAUUGCAAACCUGAUCAACGGCAUCUUCUACCUCCAACCUCGCCAGGUCAUUUCGGCCAUCAACAUUCCACUCAGCGUUAUGCUGUCGCCGGUCAUCGCUUGUCGUCUCAUCCUCGACCUCCGCGAGCGCGGGUCCGAGUCCGUCGCCUACACCAAUUCGCAUCAGGCGACGUGGGCAAGCCGUGGCUCCGGUGCCCAGGUCGGACUGGCUUUCAGCACUCACCGCACGGGAAGCUCCUCGGUGCAGAACAGCCCCACGCGGUCUCGCCUCAAGAAAAACACCGGUCUCGCUCUCGGUACCUUCGGCUCAGUAUCGGGUGUGGCGCUAGACUCUGCCGUCGAGCUCGGAGACGUCCCUCGCACCCCGCGCGACAAAGAGCUUGGAGAUCGCGAUAGCGAUAUUGCCGAUAUGGAGUUCCGCGCUGUCGAGCUGGGAGGUGUUGUCAGUGGGAUCAGGAUCGAGGUGGAGAAGACCACUUCGUCGGAUCCGCGCUGA